CGUCGAGCGGAUUCGUUAGGGUUUUGCGAGAAUCCUAUAAAAUGGUGUCGUCGAGCCCUCUCGCCCUGUCGCGCUGCUGAACCCUAGGAGCCAGGAGAGAGGAACGGAGAGAUCACUUCGCCGCCUCCUCUUCGUCGAAAUGGCUACCGUCCCCGGCCCUCUUAUCUGGGAGAUUGUGAAGAAGAACAACGCGUUCCUGGUGAAGCAAUUCGGGAAUGGCAAUGCCAUGGUGCAAUUCAGUAAGGAGCCGAACAAUCUCUAUAACGUCAACUCCUACAAGCACUCCGGUUUGGCGAACAAGAAGACGGUGACGAUCCAGCCGGGAGGGAAGGACCUCUCGGUGGUUCUUUCCACCACCAAGACUAAGAAGCAGAACAAACCCAGUAGCUUGUAUCACAAGUCUGUCAUGAAGAAGGAGUUCAGCAAGAUGGCUAAGGCUGUGAAGAACCAGGUAACCGACAACUACUAUAGACCUGAUCUGACCAAAGCAGCUCUUGCUCGGCUUAGCGCCGUACACCGCAGCCUUAAGGUCGCCAAGUCUGGCGUGAAGAAGAGGAACAGGCAGGCUGUCAAAGCUUAAUAGGUUGUCGAACUUGGUUUGAUUGUUAUUUGGUUGCUUUGGUUUUCGUUACUAGGGUACUUCUUUUUGUCCUAAGAGAUUUAUUUAGAUACUUUUGGGUAGAGCUGUGCAACUAUGUUCUUCUUUAAUCUCUUGCUGCUCCAGUUAAAGAUUUCUAUCAUGUGGUUUUAUAUGACUUUCAAGUGCAUUUGAGAAAUUAAGACUGAGGUAUAUUAUGCUUUC